AUGCAGCUGCUCCUAAUAGUACGUGCUGUCGGUUGCACACAAACAGUCGGUCGACUUGUUCUGGACUCGACCACAUCCGUGCCCGACGCUUUGACUGUGACCCAAGUGUUUCUUCUGAUCGCACAAUGGCUGGGCCAGGUUUGGGCCGGUCACAACGAAUCGGAACUGUUCUCUGGGUUACGUCUACUUCGCCUCAGUGUGGACACAAAUUCGCCUGAGAUUAACGAAGCUGCACAUCGGCUCUGGUGUUCUCUCACAGACGAACAACGCGCCCAAGCCCCCAUCCGAUUCGAGGCUCCGUUUUAUUGUCCCUUUGUGCAAUCUGGGAUUCGCGCAAGCGCAGGUCGAUGUCCAUGCGGUUCAUUUCAGCAGCAUCAAAAACAACCAGCUGCCACAAGUCGUCCCUCCCACUAUGGGUAUCCCACACAACCAACACCUUACGGGACGCCUUCCCAAUUACAACCUAUGGCUGCACCUGCUCACGCACCGUUACCUUUGUUCUCUUCGCCAUCCGGCCCGAUGCCACCACCGGCACCACCAUCGGGUCCGCAUCAUGCAGCUGGUAUUCUACAACCCGGAACGGUUCAACCCAUUCCACCGGGUCAGUCCGUUUCGGCCGUCGGUACACCUCCGUUACCCCCUACCAUGGGUGGACCAGGUGUUCAGAACGCUGGAUAUGCGACAACCAUGACACGACCCUCACAUCCACCAUCUAUGCCGCCCUCUGCUCGACCACACCGACCGCCAACAGGAUUCAAUCGUCCUUGGGCUCCGGAAUCAGUAAAUCAGCUAACCUUACCACCACCACCACCGGUCAUGGCAGCUACGGGGUGUGUUUGA